AUGGCUAAAGAAUAUAAUACCACUGGUGAAAUCAUUAAUGUUUCAAGUGCCGUCUACUGUGUGUUUAUGUCGUUAUCUCCAUGUGUAUUUUCGCCUUUUUCGGAUAUCUAUGGAAGAAGGUUUUCAUUUUUGGUUUGCUCCUGCCUUUUUUCAGUCUGCUCUAUUCUAGUAGCAGUUUCUCCUCACCUUGCAAUGUUCUUUGUAUUCAGAUCAUUAACAGCAUUGUUUGGUACUGCGUUUUUCAGUAUUGGUGCCCACAUCGUUGGCGAUUUAUAUGUUCCGACAGAAAGAGGUACGUACAUGAGCAUCAUUAUAAUGGGUGCUCAAUUCGGUACGGCGCUAGGAAGUGUUGGUGGUGGUAUAAUUGUUAAUUUUACAUCCUGGCGUGUUAUUUUCUUUGUAUUAGCAGGAAUUGGAUUUAUUGUUAUGGCAAUGGCAUUUAUUUUCUUACCAGAAACAUCGCUAGAAACAAAGCAUCAAAUAGUGCUUCGAGAAGCUAGAAAAGAUAACCCCAAAAAAAAUUUUGUGUUUAUCACCUACAAUCCUUUUAGAAUCAUGUCAGCUUUGAAAUACCCAAAUUUAUCCAUAGAUGGGUUUAUUACUAUCUCGUUAAUAUUCACAAUGUAUUCAUUAUUAACACCAAUCAGAUACGUUAUGGAUCCCAGAUUUGAUUUGACUUCGCCUAUCUUGAGUGCUCUUUUUUUAUCUACCUCCCGGUCUUGGUUAUUUAGUUGGAAGCUUAUUUGGGGGCCGUUUGGCAGAUUAUACAGUCAAGAAAUAUAUUAA